AUGAAGCACCCGGAUGGAUACUCAGACUUCAUCCUCAACAAGCGCGACGGCGCGUGGGCACUACGGAUGCGCCGGCACCUCAAGUCAAACACAGAGCUAGAGCGACAGCUGGAGUUAGAAGCCCGCUUCGUCUACCCGCAGUCGAGGCCGCGUUCCCGUCGCGCCGCCCUCUCCCCGCUCGCUUCAUCUACCCCUCUCGCGCCCGCGCCGCUACGUUACCGGCGAACGUCAGCGCCUCACGACGCGCCCGACGCGUGCGAAGACAUCGACGAGUGCGCCGAGCGGCCGGAGCGCUGCUCGCCCGGCGUGUGCAUCAACACCGACGGCGGCUUCGCCUGCGACUGCGACGCCGGCUUCGAGCCCAGCGACGACGGGACGGCUUGCAUCGAUCAUCGAACGGGAAUGUGCCACCGCUCGCUGGUCUCCGGCCGUUGCACCCCAGAGCCGUGGCCCAGGAGGAUCGAGUCCUCUACGCCAGCACUACCUGCACACGUCACUAAGUAA